AUGUACAAUGAGAUUGCUCGGCAAAGGCGUCAAAUUCUUGGUGAUGCAGCACGAGUGUUGAAGAAGUUGGAGGAUAUGCAGUUGAAGGAUCCACAAUUAUAUUUCAAGGCAUGUCACGAUUCAAGAGGUUUGUUACGUAAUUUGUUCUGGUCUGAUGGGAUUAGCCAACUAGACUACCGACUCUUCGGGGAUGUUAUUGCUUUUGAUGCUACGUACAAGAAGAACAAGUAUAGUUGUCCAUUAGUAAUAUUCAGCGGGGUUAACCACCACAACCAAACAAUUGUUUUUGCUGCUGCGUUAAUUGCGGACGAAACUACUGAUACAUAUGUUUGGCUCCUGCGUCAGCUCAUGUUUGCAAUGAGGGGCAAGACCCCGACCUCAAUCAUAACUGAUGGGGCCAUGGCGAUUAGGAAUGCAGUGAGAGAUGUAUUUCCCGAAGUCAGACAUAGAUUAUGCGCUUGGCACCUUAUUCGAAAUGCAACUAGCAAUGUUGGAAAUCCAUCGUUUACAUCUAAAUUUAGAAAAAUCAUGACAGGAGACUACGAGAUUCCCGUGUUUAAGCGUAAGUGGGUUCAGCUUAUUGAAGAAUUUGGCAUUGAGGAUAAGCCGUGGGUGAUCAACAUGUACGAAGAGAAGCAUAUGUGGGCUACUGCAUAUCUAAAAGGAAAAUUCUUUGCUGGCUUUAGAACUACAUCAAGAUGUGAAGGUUUACACUCAGUAGUGGGAAGGUAUGUGGGGUCGCGGUAUGAUUUGACAAGUUUUGUAGAGCAUUUUCAAAGGUGUGUAGCACACAUGCGCUUUAACGAAUUUAAUGCUGAUUAUGAAUCUACACGUGGGGUACCCGUCAUGCAAACUUGUAUAGAGCUGCUAGAGAGAUAUGCUGCUGAGUUAUACACUCAUGAGAUAUUUCUUUUCUUUCGGCCAUUUCUCUCCAGAGCUGGAUCAAUGCGGGUUCUAAAGAUAGAUAAUACCAAUGAUUGCAUAAAGUACAUUGUGUGUAAGCAUGGGAGGCCCGAUUUUACGUGGACCGUUGAUUUUCAUCAAGAAGAAAUGAUCUUCAUGUGUACCUGUUUACGAAUGGAGUCAUUUGCUAUUCCAUGCGAACAUAUUGUGAAAGUAAUGGUUGACAGAGACAUCCGUGAGAUUCCCCGGUCAUUGGUAUUGGAUAGAUGGACAAAAAAGGUUAAAUCAGCACUCAAUGAUCCAAGUGGGUUCACCAGGGAUGCUGUUGUUAUUAGUCGUCAAAGUGCUUUGGUGGAAUUUUCUAAACAACUGGCUGCUGUUGCUGCUAAAGUACCAGAGAGAUAUGAAGAGACACGUGAUUUAAUUAUGGGAUUGUACUCAUCUUACAAGGCUGCAGACGAAGGAGAAAAUCAACCUCACUCAGGUGUAGCUAGAAGUAGCAAUCUGUAUGUGCAUCCAACCACUGGAGGCUCAGGACAACCAUCUAAGAAGAAGAAGCGGCAACGUUGUAGUGUUUGUCAAAUGGAAGGACAUAAGAAGACAACAUGUCCUUGGCAAAAGGACACUGACAACAACGUUAUAGAAAAUGAAGCUAUCGGUUCGGACGAUGGCGACAUGUGUACCGAAGCGACGGCUGAGUUAGAUAGUAAUAGUUAG